AUGUCCAUAAAUUCAGAUCAGGUGGCAUCAUUUAUUGCAAACGCUAAUAAAUUAUAUCUAGAAGAACUUGGGUCGUAUACUUCUCGUGAUCGAUCUAAUCCUAUACGGACUCUAACGGGUAACGAAUCUUCUCAGUUUUAUGGUGUUAUACAACAGUUACGACAGCCAAAGGAGGAAAGUAGUUCUCUCCACCUUCCAAGUGCUUGCAAUGUGUCUGUUACUAAUAUCAACAUUCCAAAUCUGAAUUUUAGAGAUCAGCAGUCGGAAUAUAUGGGUAUGUGUCUACCACGUCCACAUUCAUCUGAGGGUGCCGGUAAUCAUACAUUUGGUUCAUACAUGAAAAGUGAAUCAUCAAGAAUAACUCCAUCAAGAUGUAUACCAUCUAAAGGCCAAUACGAUCGCAUACAAACAUCUAGUAAUCCAACUGAACUCAGUCAAUUUGUAUCAGAUUCUGUCAACCAGGUUAAUAAUAUAGAUUCUCAUGUUUCCUCUAAUACAAGCAAGCGUUCGUCUGUGCAUGGGGGUUUGAAUACACUAGAAAGCCAUAUUAAUAAGGCUAUUACAGAGGAAAUACGAGCUCAAACAAUUUCAAGAAAUUCAUUUUUUCCACACAAUAUAUGUUCGCCUCAUCUACCCAGGACUCCAUCACCUAUUAGCAAACACCAUUCCACACGUAAUUCAGAUUCUCAAUUUCAUUUAAAUGUUCCGCUGAAGAAGCAGGAUCGUUCUAUUUCGCGCCCUCCCGGUAUGGUGGAUAGUUCAAUGAUAUCAGGUUCUAGAGAUUCUUUCAAAAAUUCUACUUCUAAAAUCCCAGCACCUGAACUUCUUACGGCAAAACUUCCUGCUGCUAACAAUGAAGUUCUUUUAAAUAAAUCAAAUCAAAAAGGGUAUGCACAGAAGCGAAAAGUAUAUGAAAUGGUCAAAAGUAAUUCAUUGUCUAGUAAUAUUGACUCUGCAGUAGACCAUUCUACUUCGCCAGAUGGUGGUACAGAAUCUCCAGGAUUAUUACAAAUAAACUUAGCAGCCUCUGACUUUUCACCUAAGGUUGUGUCGGGUGCAAUGAAUUCACAUCUUAAGGAUGUUCCUCACUUAUUGUCAUGCAAUACUAGUUCUAAUUGUAUUCAAUCUGUUAAAGAAUGCGGACGUGAUGAUUCCCUAGAUCGGUGGUCACAUACAUAUGGAAAUGAGAACAGUAUAGACUGCAAUCAUAGUUCAACGGGAUUACUAGGAAAUUAUGAUGUCGACUCAUUGGAUUCAGCUCCGUUAAACUCGCUAUAA